CUGACUUUCCCACUUACACCCACCCCUAUCCUACCUGGGAUCUUCUGUGGGGGUGCAGCUGCUGCUCUGCAUCCGCUGGCCCAGUUACAGCCCACAUCUGAUGGAGGCCUUGUCUCAGACCAAGAAGUACAGAAGUCCUAAUAUCACCAAUUCUUCUAAGUUCCUGGACAUUGAUCCGAAGGAGGAUUCUGCAGUUCAACACCAAGGACCCUGCGCGUUUUAUUGCGACCUGCCGGUGGGAACUUUGUCUCCGAGUCGGAGCGGCAUGGAGCGGCGGAGCGAGAGCCCGUGUCUGCGGGACAGCCCCGACCGGCGAAGCGGCAGCCCCGAUGUCAAGGGGCCACCCCCGGCUAAGGUGGCCCGGCUGGAGCAGAACGGCAGCCCCAUGGGAGCGCGCGGGAGGCCUAAUGGCGCGGUGGCCAAGGCCGUGGGAGGUUUGAUGAUUCCUGUUUUCUGUGUGGUGGAGCAGUUGGACGGCUCUCUGGAAUAUGACAACAGGGAAGAACAUGCUGAGUUCGUCUUGGUCCGAAAAGAUGUGCUUUUUAGCCAGCUGGUGGAGACGGCGCUGCUGGCCCUGGGCUACUCCCACAGCUCUGCAGCUCAGGCUCAAGGAAUAAUCAAGCUGGGGAGGUGGAACCCUCUCCCUCUCAGUUACGUGACAGAUGCUCCUGACGCUACAGUGGCCGACAUGCUGCAAGACGUCUACCACGUUGUGACGUUGAAAAUCCAGUUACAAAGUUGUUCAAAGUUGGAAGAUUUGCCUGCAGAGCAGUGGAACCAUGCCACAGUUCGCAAUGCCUUAAAGGAACUGCUCAAAGAGAUGAACCAGAGCACACUAGCCAAAGAAUGCCCUCUCUCCCAGAGUAUGAUUUCAUCCAUUGUAAAUAGCACAUAUUAUGCCAACGUGUCAGCAACCAAGUGCCAGGAAUUUGGAAGAUGGUAUAAGAAGUACAAGAAGAUUAAAGGUAGUAAAUGCACAGUUAAAUGUUUAAGUGCUGUAAAAGCAGACUGGGACCUUGAUUUGAAUCAGAAGGUCAAGGAUCCACACCUGAAGAAGUUGUCAGACACUAUGUUUUAUAAGGUUUCUAGAGUAGAGAAAAACUAUACAUUUGGUGGAUUGUUGUCUGAGAUUCUGCGUAAGGAAGAAGACCCUCGGACAGCCUCUCAGUCCCUCUUAGUAAACCUGAGGGCCAUGCAGAAUUUCCUCAACCUGCCGGAGGUAGAGCGGGAUCGCAUAUACCAGGACGAGAGGGAGCGGAGCAUGAACCCAAAUGUGAGCAUGGUCUCCUCAGCUUCCAGCAGCCCCAGCUCCUCCCGUACCCCCCAGGCCAAAACCUCGACACCGACAACAGACCUCCCCAUUAAGGUGGACGGCGCCAACGUCAACAUCACAGCUGCCAUUUAUGACGAGAUCCAACAGGAGAUGAAAAGGGCCAAGGUGUCCCAAGCCCUGUUUGCCAAAGUGGCUGCAAAUAAAAGUCAGGGUUGGCUGUGUGAGCUGCUCCGCUGGAAAGAGAACCCAAGUCCUGAGAAUCGCACCCUCUGGGAGAACCUCUGCACCAUCCGGCGCUUCCUGAACCUGCCCCAGCAUGAGAGGGAUGUCAUCUAUGAGGAGGAGUCCAGGCAUCACCACAGUGAGCGCAUGCAGCAUGUGGUCCAGCUCCCCCCUGAGCCAGUGCAGGUCCUUCAUAGGCAACAGUCCCAGCCCGCCAAAGAGAGUUCCCCUCCCAGAGAAGAAGCGCCUCCCCCACCUCCUCCAGUUGAAGACAGUUGUGCCAAAAAGCCCAGGUCUCGCACAAAGAUCUCCUUGGAAGCCCUGGGGAUCCUUCAAAGUUUUAUUCACGAUGUAGGCUUGUACCCGGAUCAGGAAGCUAUCCACACUCUUUCUGCUCAACUGGAUCUCCCCAAACACACCAUCAUCAAGUUCUUCCAGAACCAGCGGUACCACGUGAAGCACCAUGGGAAGCUUAAGGAGCACCUGGGCUCUGCGGUGGACGUGGCGGAGUAUAAGGAUGAGGAGCUGCUGACAGAGUCCGAGGAGAACGACAGUGAGGAAGGCUCAGAAGAGAUGUACAAAGUGGAGGCAGAAGAGGAAAAUGUGGAGAAAAGCAAGGCCGCUCCUGCAGAACUUGACCAGAGAUAAUGUGAACUCCUCCCAGGCAAAGCAAUACAUUGGUCCAAGGACUUUCUGUUGUAGUUCCUUUAAAAAGGUUUUGUGUUUUGUUUUUUGCUUUAUUUUCUUUCUCUCUCUCUCCCGCUCUCUCUCUCUCUCUCGUCUGUUUUGUUUCUCUUAUCCUUUAUUUGAGAUUUCUUUGUUGCACAGGAUACAACUAUAGACUGAAUAAGUUCAGUAUUUCCAAAUCAGACAUCACCUUGGCAAAGACCUUUCAAGUGUUACACUUUUACAGUUGAUUCAAUCAUAGUAAUUAUAAUCACGGAGACUCUGCCUUCAUUAGCCUUGCACUUCUGGAAGAGACACCAGGCAAGUUCCCGGAGGAAAAGACCUACGAAAUAAAUGAAGGAAGCUACGAGUGUGUGUAUAUGUAUAUGUAUAUAUCUAUAUAUUUACAUAUAUAUAUUAAAAAUUGCAUGGGACAGAGAACUUUACAAUCUGAAAGAAUAGACUGUGAAAUGAGUUCUUAAAGAAGAGACUUGUUUAUGUAUUAAAAAAAACACUUCACAGUGAGUCGCUUUGGCUUUUUGAUGAACUGCGGCCUGCUCUCAGGGUGGGGUGACUAUUUUUGAAUUCCUAUUUAUUUUCUUUGUUUGUCCCUGAUUUUUUUUUUAAUUCUAGGCUUCCUAUCUGGCAGCUUGAUGGGUAAUUUUUGAGGUAUGUAUUUAACAAAGUAAAUAACACUGCCAAAAAAUAUAAAUAAAUAAAAAGAAAGGGAAAAAAGGAAAGACUGAAGAAAUAAGUCAGAAAAAAAAAUCAGGGGAUCUUAAAACUAUAAAAGUCAAAUUUCUGUAAGGACACAAUGCACACUUAAAGUGACUUGAUAUGUUCCGUUAUUCAACUUGUAAUCACUGUAGUGAACAGAUUUAUUUCUGUGGAAUUCCAAAUAAGUAAAACUGAAAUUCAGUACAGAGAAAACUUGUCCAUUAGUGCAGUCUUGAUAAGAUGACAUCUCAGUGUUGGACAUAUGGAAUUCAUUAGUAUGAGCCACAUUUUAUUGUGAAACUUAUUUACCUGCUCGUGGCUUCAAAUAUUAAAAUCAAUAAGCCUGCUCAUUUAAAAAGUUGUUUGUUGUUACUGUUUUUUUUUUUAGGGGGGUCUUUUUUUUAAAUAGAAAAUAGUUCAAUGUAAUAUUAAGUUAGAAAAGAAGUUACUGCCCAGCUAAAGGGGUACCUUCUCAGAUAAAUGGUUGCCCUUUCUCCCCAAAAGACCUUUUUCAUAUCUGUUUCUCUUCGGGCUUCCUCUUCUUUCUACAUUCCAUUCAACUAAGCAAAUAUUUUCAGUCCUUGCUCUCCCAAGCCUCAUCCCUUCCCUGGUAUGGCAGCCUUAACAAGAUUUUGCUUUUUGAAUCAUUGUGUGGUCCUAGGCAAUGGAAGUAGUGAAGCAAUUAGGAGAAACAUUUUCCCAGCUACCUACAUAGCAGUUCCCUUACCUAAAGCAGAACUAAGACUGGCUGGCUGCUUAGUGGAAAGAGCAUUAAAUCUGCAGUCCCUUGUAGCUCACCCAAACUCCUUGAGCUCUCUGUCAGAAACACCAGAAGCAUUAGUGUCCACUUCUACUCAGUAGUAACUGUAAGAGGAGACCUCAUCUUCUAUCUAAUAAAUGCUUCAAAGUGGCCAUCAAAGAGUCCCACAUGUUUGGAUUUUUUUCCUUCUUUCUUCCCUCCUUCCAUCCUUCCUCCCUUUCUUUAUUCCUUCCUUCCUUUUCUUUUCUUUCCUUUAUUUCUUUUUUGAGUUGUGCUCUCAUGCAACCUUGUGAAAGACCUCAUGCAAUAUCACUUUGAAAGUUAUUUUCUGUUUACUACACAAACAUUGUAAUAUAACUGUUAAUACUAUUUAUAUAUUUGAAAGGUAUAAAAGGUAGGAGUUAAAAAAAACCUCUAUGUGUAGAUAUUAACUCAGAACUUACAAUAUAUAGGGAGAAGACAUGUUGCAAUACAAGCUAAUUCUAGCUGCUCAGUAACCUCUGGAGUUUUUAAAGGGACAUUUUCCUGUACUUUUUUCAAAAAAAUGAUGUCAAACAAAAAUUCUCUUGACAUGAGCGUCAUAUACUCUUGCAGAAGGAUAGUUGUUUGCAGUGAGGCCCUGGGCCCAUCCUUUCUCUUUCUGUAGAGUGCUGCAGCUUUAGCCAGAAAGUCCUUGGUUGCUGCCUCCUAAUCUCCGAGUUACUCUUUCCAGAUUGUCUUCUUACACUGUUACUGAAGGUCACUCUGUACAUGUAAUGGAAUCUGAUUUUGCCAAGCUCUUACAAGGUGGUUCAUCUCUUGAUGGCAUCCGCAUUUGGUAUCUUUUACACUUCAACCAAAAAUUUAUUAGGUAUUUUUCAAUGCUCAGUCUUGCCUUUCAUUUUUUUGAUUUCACUGCCAGGUGUGCAGUGGUUCUAAGUGAAUCUGUGGGCAUUUUAGCCUGUGGUCUUGCCAGAUCUUUGCGGAUUACAAUGCACAUAUGUCUAUUUAUUGAAUAUCUGUCAUAUAAUAUCUAUUGGGAAGAAAAAAAAAACUUUCUCUUGUAGUGCCUCUUGACAAAGCACAAUUUCCCGCCUUUUUUUUUUUUGUGAAAUGGAAAAAAAAAACAAAUUGUGUUUUAUUGCGGUAUCAACAAUGUGAAUAAGGAUUAACAUAUUGUAAAUGUUCUUUUUUCCAUGUAAAUCAACUAUCUUUGUUAUCACUAAGUGAUAAUUAAUUUUUAACUUAUGUGCAUUGUUAGGCUGUUAGAAUUUUUUGGUUGUUAAAAAUAAAAUGCAUUCAAUAAAUAUGACUUUGUUUGUCAAGUA